CGAUUGGCUGUUCGACCUAUUCCUAGAGCAUUAUAAUAUUAGGUAUUUGGAUCCGCCAUUUUUAGUCCCUUCCCCACUCUUUGUUCUCUCUUCAAUCUUCUUAGUUUAGCGGCGAAGUGGAGAGAGAGCAAGGGAGUGGAAAAAUGACUAAAAAUGGCGGAUGCGAAUAGUGCCUUACUAUUCCCUUCCUCGCGCCACACUAAACUCCAACCUCGCACAUGUUCGCCACGGAACUGCUCCGCCAUCGACGCCGUUGGCGCCGUCCUCGCACGUCCUCGUUCCUUCACGUUCCUCCGUGAUCGAUGGUUAUGUAUGUACGCGCGAUUAGGCAUCGCGGACAAUAAUGAUGAUCGCAAUUUUCUCAUAUAAUUAGUUUCACGAUAAUUAAUAUGUGUUGAUAAAUAAUAUGUGUUGAAGAGAGUGUCUAGAAGAGAAGAUACCUCUUGCACAUGCGAUACGUUUUUAUCGACGGCGAGAACGGAAAAACCCCGAGACCGGCACGAGAUAUUUCACGCAGCAUCACAAGUCCGCGGUUAUCUAUACGGUUGGUCGAAGUAGAUCCGGACAGAUCGUAAAUGAGAAUGAACUGAUUGUGCUCCGUACGAGGGAUUCAUAAUUUAGCAGUGUCGAGAGCGAAACGAUGUAUACGUGGAAGCUAUCCAGUUAUGCUCUCAGAAGAUUCAAUAGUGGUUAUGGCAAUGGCACUAGUAAAUUAGCGCUCGUUCUGCAACACUGCAGUCCGAGGACGCAAGGUCGCGGCAAACUCGGUAGCUACCGCAGGAGGAUAAGUUCAUGGUUCCGAGAACAGGGUACGCAGACAGCUCAGGCCUGUAAGAAACAGUUUGAAUUUGUGGCGGCCCAGAGGAUCAGGAGAUACAUACAAAUAUUCCACCUUUAUACGAGAAUAUGGGAUGAGGUAGCACUGAGAGAAUUCAUGCGGCUGUGGAGACUUAGACUUGCUAAAAAUGCCAAAAACUUCCUGAUAAGCGCUGCUGGAGUAAGCAUAUACAACUGGGAUCGCAACAGGAUAACUGAUGAAGAAAUUAAUAGAUAUAAUCGUGAGAUUGAAGGAAUUUAUAGAUUACGAGACUCUACAGUAGUUUGCACAAAGUGUCAUUUGCGAAUUGUUAUUGAUACUAUACAGCCUGAUAUAAAAUAUUGUAAAUGUAGUGGAGUUCAGCCUUCUGAUGCUUCUGAUGAAAAUUCAGAUGGCAAUUGGCAACCUUUCAUUGAGCGUCAGGAUAUGUUAAUAUGGAGGAAAGUAGUACCUGAUUCGGGUGGAUUGUUUGCCUAUAAAGUAUAUGGUUCCUUCUCCGAUGUUACCGCUGAAGAUUUUUUACAAGUACAAAUCGAUGUAGAUUAUAGAAAGCAAUGGGAUCCCACUGCUCAGGAGUUACAGAUUGUUGAGACCGAUCCGAAGUCCAAACCGUCUGUUAAUCAUAGUACUGAUGUUAUCCAUUGGGAAAUGAUCUGGCCUAAAUUAUUUUCUAAUAGAGAUUAUGUGUAUCAACGACGAUGGAUUAUGGAUAGAGAAAAAGGACUUGUAGUUAUUGUCAGUCGAGUGACGGAACAUCCUAAUGUACCAGAAAAACGAGGAAUUUAUAGAGUUAGAACAUAUUGGUCGUACAUGGUGAUAAAGCCUUGUACAGAAUUUCACGAACCAGGCAUUGAAUUUGGACUUACUUACUUUGAUGAUCCUGGUGUCUCAGUGCCAUCUACUGUUACUGCAUGGGUAGCAUUGAGAGGUUUACCAGACUUUCUAAUUCGCAUGAGACAGGCUUCAAAAGAUUACCAAAAAUAUAAACUAAUGAAAAAAAAUGCACCUGACAGUAAUCAUCUUACUUUAUCUGAAGAAGAUGUUUCCAAACAGCAAAUCGAUGUAGAAGAUAAGUUAAAGAACAAUAAAAAAUUUAUGAGAGAUCAUAAAGAUCAACAAGACGAUUCUACUAACGAUACUAACAAGUUAGAUUUAACACACGAUGUACAGCAAGAAAAUGAUUUGACGGAAAGUGAAAAUAAGGAUACCACUUCUGCACCCAAAGAAGAGCAAGGUUUAUUACAUUAUUUCUAUCUUACGAAAUUAUUUGCAUUUUUGAAUUUUUGACAAAUGGAUUUAAUGAAGUAACUUUUGGCUAGUAGAUGUUUAAACGUGAUUUCGCAUGGAGGAAACAAUCUGCCGGUAAAGCUAUAGAACAGAUUCAUGGAUGUGUGGAACAAGUGACAUUUUAACAUAUCUUGAUGAUAUAUGAUUUCAUAGAUAAUAAGAAUGAAAUUGUGUGAAUAUGACAAUUGUUCAUCCUAUUUUUUAGAAAAGUAUAGAUUCCAUUUUGUAUAAAGCGAAGAAACAAAAAUAUUAAACAAGAAGUGAGACUGAUUAGGUAUGUCAUCGCCUUUAGUCCAUUUGUUAAUCAAAAAUUUGCAUUAUAUAUCGUAAGAUAAUGAACAAGAGCAAGCAAAAGAUCUGAUUUUUAGAUUUUGGAAAGAUGAUAUGUGAGAAACUGCUUAAAUUUUAUAAUUUAUAUAAUAUAAAGAUAUCUGUACAAAACAAAUUUAAUUAAUUGUAUAUCU